AUGUCCCCUGUGGGACCCCUCAACAAUACGUGGGUCAUUAAGCGUCUUGCCACUUUACUACCUGGAAUUCCAGGUCUUUUUUUCCAGACUGGGUGCUGCUUUUAUUGGCGUGCUGGUCGCUGGGUUUCUGCUGGGAUGUUCGUGGCCUGCCCUUCUUCCUCCCCGUACCUAUGCUACCUUCAACAUCUAGUAUCUUCUUUGCAGGGCUACAUAUAUUUUUCUCAACAGAACGACACCCGUAUCAUUCAUUCCCUUGUUGGAUUGGUGGUAUUAUUCGACUUUUCACACCAAGCACUCAUCAGCCACACCGUCUACUAUUAUCUCAUUCUCAACUACGCCAAUCCUAGUGCCCUAGUGUUUGUGGUAUGGAGUUUCGUGGCCCAAGUCUUUCUUAAUGGAAUUAUUGCGUUCUGUGUGCAAGGCUUCCUGACAUGGAGAAUCUGGAGACUCAGCAGUAAUAUCUGGGUCACUAGUAUAGUGGUUUCCCUUGUCCUGGCAGAAUUUGGCUGUGUUGUCGCUUUCGGAAUAGUUGGCCUGGUUCGAAUGAGCACAUUCGCAGAGCUCGCGGCCGAUCUCAGGACACUUCUCAUUGCUGCCAAUGCACUUGCAGCAGCUGGCGAUGUUUUAAUUGCCAGUAUUUCUGCCAUUCUUCUGCAAAAGUCGAAGACUGGAUUUCAAAGGCACGCUUAUAUAUUUGCACCUAUUCUUGCUGCUCCCAGCACUUUCAUAUAUAUUCCAUUCUUCUUUUGCAUGGGUCGCUUGUACACUAACUCGCUCCUGGCUACUCUCAAUGCAAGGAAGAUGAUCCGGAAUGCAGGAGAUAAUGCACAGAUAACCAGCGGCCAGAACUUCACAUUUUCUUUCACAAGUUUCAAAAAGCCUGCUUCUCUGGUCUCUUACUCGUCUAAGAAGCAGCCUGGAGAGAUGUCAAUCCAAUUCGACACUAGGGGGCGUAGGGUCCAGGAUCGCUCAGGCUGCCGUACUUUGUCAAAGCAAGAGGAGAAGUAUGAGCUAGAAAAUCUGUCGGCUGGAAAUCUAUCUAAUGGUAUCCUCAUCGUUCCACAGGACAUUGAACUGACUGCUGGUAUCCCUACUCUCCCGAAUGAUGCACAGUUCAGUGCUGUGACCGUGUAA